AUGUCAGCGUCCAAGUUGCUGAUCAACAGCGAGAAGGGCCAUGUGCCCGCCUCGGAACGCAUCCCGCCCAUCGCUCUGCCGUACGUCAGUGACCGGGCGAAGAAGACUCUCGACAUUGUCGAGAAGUUUGUCGAAGAAGAAUGCAUCCCAGCCGACUCCGUGUACCUGCAACAGAUCGGCAACACGCCACAGGAGCGCUUCUCGUCGCACCCGCCCAUCGUUGAGGAGCUCAAGAAGAAGGCCCAGGCCCUGGGCUUGUGGAAUAUGUUCCUGCCGAAGGCGCACUUCAAGGAGGGCGCGGGCUUCUCGAACCUCGAGUACGGGCUGAUGGCGGAGCUGCUGGGCAAGUCGCGCACCGCCUCCGAAGCGACCAACUGCGCCGCCCCGGACACGGGCAACAUGGAAGUGCUGGCCAAGUACGGCAACGAGGCGCAGAAACGCCGCUGGCUCGACCCGCUGCUGGCCGGCAAGAUCAGGAGCGCCUUCCUCAUGACGGAGCCGCAGGUCGCCAGCUCGGACGCUACCAACAUCGAGCUGAACAUGCGGUUGGAGGGUGACACCUGGGUGCUGAACGGACAGAAAUGGUGGUCCUCAGGCGCCGGCGACCCCCGCUGUGCCAUCUACAUCACGAUGGGCAAAUCCGACCCCACCAACCCCGACCCAUACAAGCAGCAGUCGGUCAUCCUCGUGCCGGCCGACACGCCGGGCGUGACGGUGCACCGGAUGCUCUCCGUCAUGGGCUUCGACGACGCGCCGCACGGGCACGGCCACAUCUCCUUCGACAACGUGCGCGUGCCGGCCGCCAACAUGGUGCUCGGCCCCGGGCGCGGCUUCGAAAUCAUCCAGGGCCGCCUGGGCCCGGGCCGCAUCCACCACGCGAUGCGGUCGAUCGGCGCGGCCGAGCGGGCGCUGGAGUGGCUGCUCGCGCGGCUCAACGACCCGCGCAAGCGGCCGUUCGGCGCGCUGCUGUCGUCGCACGGCGUCAUGCUCGACCGCGUCGCGCGCUCGCGCAUCGACAUCGACGCCGCGCGCCUGAUGGUGCUCAACGCCGCCAUCAAGAUGGACCUGGUCGGCUCCAAGCACGCGCUCAAGGAGAUCGCCGAGGUCAAGGUGCUCGUGCCCACGACCGCGCUCGCCGUCAUCGACCGCGCCAUCCAGGCGUACGGCGGAGCAGGCGUCUGCCAGGAUACCCCGCUCGCGAAUAUGUAUGCCAAUGGCCGCACGAUGCGCAUUGUCGAUGGGCCCGAUGAGGUGCACAUCCUGCAGCUGGGUAGGAAUGAAAAUAAGCGCGGCAAGCCUCUGGGCGAGCGCAUCGAGGCGCAGCAUGCCAAGGCGGACGAGUUGUUCAGGUUGGCGGGGCUGAAGAGGGUGGAUCCGCUGAGCUUGGAGAGGAGUACCGGUAAGGCGAAGUUGUGA